AGGGAGGUAAUUAGAUGUAAGUUGCCGCUAAACUGCUGAAGUUGUAUGUUUUGUAGAAUGGCAGCAAGAGAAGGGGAAGAAUAUUAUGAAAAUUCUAAAUGUUAUUGGGAGAAAGUUCCAGCUACAAUUGAUGGCAUGCUUGGAGGCUUUCCACAAGUGUCGCCCAUAGAUAUUAAAACUUCAUCAAUUUUCCUUCGAUCUUUUCUGAAGACCCAUGGUGGUAGCAUUGACAACAAUAGAGCUCUAGAUUGUGGUGCUGGUAUUGGCAGAGUGACAAAACAUCUACUGACACCACUCUUCAAUCAUGUUGACAUGUUAGACCUGAACGAAAAAUUUUUAAACCGUGCAGAAACCUACCUGGGAGACAAAAAGUCAAAAGUGGACCGUUACAUUUGCAACUCUCUGCAAGAUUUUGUUCCUGAACCUGGCAGAUACAAUGUAAUUUGGUGCCAGUGGGUCCUUGGUUACCUUAGUAAUUCUGAUUUUGUGUCCUUCUUGAAACGCUGCAAAGCCGCCUUAGUGAGUGGGGGCUUGAUUGCUAUUAAAGAAAAUGUAACCACAGAAGGCCGAGUGUUUGAUGAAACUGACAGCUGUUUUACCCGGCCAAAAUCAGAGUUCAUUAGCAUCAUCAAAAAAUCAGGAAUGAAAGUUGUUAAAGUAGAGAAACAGGAAGGAUUACCUGCUGAGUUAUUUGCUGUUUAUUUGUUUGCCAUGCAGUAAUCUGCCAAACUAAAGAACUCUGCUGAAAGCUUUGUAAAAAAAAAAUAGAAUUUAUAAAUCUUUAUUUGGCUUUUUGAUUAUUACUAUUAUUAUUAAGGUGGCAAACUGGCUGACAAAACACUUAGUGACAUUUCGUCUAAUUUUUGUUCUGGGUUCAAAUUCCACUGUGGUCAACUUUGCUUUCAUCCUUUCGAGAUCAAUGAAAUGAAUACCAGUCAAGUACUGGGGUUGAUAUAAUCAACUAGUCCCCUCCCAAAAAAUUUCAGGCCUUGUGCCCAUAGUAGAUUAUAGUAGAAAGUAUUAUUAUUACUAUUCAGGCAGCAAGCUGACAGAAUCAUUAGCAUGCCAGGCAAAAUGCUAUUUCGUCCAUCUUUACAUUCUAAGUUCAAAUUCUGCCGAGGUCGACUUAGCCUUUCAUCCUUUUGGAGUUGAUAAAAUAAGUAACAUUUGAACACUGGGGUCAAUGUAAUCAACUCAUCCUCUGCCCCAAAAUUGCUGCCCUUGUGGCAAAAUUUGAAUCCAUUAUUAUUAUUUUGCUGAGGUCAAUUUUGCCUUUCAUUCUUCCAGGAUCAAUAAAAUAAGUUCCAGUUGAGCCUUGGGAUCAAUGCAAUCGACUUCCUUCCUCCCCUAAAAAUUUCUGGUUUUUUGCCAAAAUUUGAAAUCAUUAUUAUCAUUAAUAUUGUUCCCUUUGUAAGUGGUCAUAUUACAGAAGUCAUUUAUUUUAAAGUAUAUUAAUGAAUAAAAUUGAAAUGUCUUCA